AUGAACGACUUCCCAGGCGCCCUCCCCAACAGCGAGCGGUCAAGCAAAGUUGCGCUAUACGCUAUUCUGAUUUAUAAGCACGAUGUGACGAAGCCAGUGUUCCUUUCCGCGGCAGUGGACCUGUCGUCUUUCCCCUUCUUCCACCGCUCGUCCCUGAAGGAGCACAUAUUUUUCCACUCCAGGUUGGUAUGUAGCAGGACCCCCAAAGGGAAUAGGGAAGUUAUCGAACUGGAAUCUGGAAUAGGACACAUGCAUGUUUACACAAAUAAGGAUACCAAUGUCAGCGUACUCGUCCUUUCCACAAAGACAUACCCCCUACGAAUAGCAUUUGGACUCAUAGACACGACACAGAGACUCUUCCACCAGAAAUGUAGAACUAAGUAUGAGCACGUAACGGAGGAUUUAAUGGAGGGGGCACUAUUCACUACAGACUUGAUGGAACUUCUAAAGAAGUACCAAAAUCCAACUGAGGCGGAUAAAUUAUCCAGGGUGCAGAAGGAUCUAGAUGAAGUGAAGGAUGUGAUGUUGAAAAAUAUAGACGAUCUAUUACAGCGGGGGGAGAAGUUAGAUGAUCUCAUGAAGAAGAGCCAGGACUUGUCCAAUUCGUCUUACCAGUUCUACAGGCAAGCCAAGAAGAACAACCAAUGUUGCAAAUUAUACUGA